UACGUGGCAUUGCCACAUCAGCACCACGUAGGAUCCUAGAGGGGAUGCGUCGACUUGGGACCUAGAUGAUACACUUUGACAAGUUUUAGGACCUGGAUAUGCAUUUUGAGAGUUUAGGGACCUAUAUGACACAACCCUACAAGUUUAAGACACAACCCUACAAGUUUAAGGACCGCUAAUGUACUUUACUCUAAUUAUAUUUUGCAACAGAGAGGGCAGGGCUGAGUACCAUCCUAAAGUUUUCAGCAGUCGAAGCAAAGUGCGGCCCGUCACAGCCCGUGGGCCGAACGGCCCAUGUCGUUGCUCGACGAAGACCGGUCAACUCCUCCUUGUACCCACCACUGACCACUGUCGCCAUUGUCGCCAAGAGCUUAGAGCUUCUUCUAUCCUCGAGCACAAGCACGGCUGCACGGCAAUGGCGAUCAUAAAUUAAGCCAAGCUCGUCGAGCUAGGUACGGGGUAGUAAGCAAGCAAGAUGAGGGGCGAUGGUGCUGGCAGUGGUAGCUACGAGUACUUGAGCUGCCAGAAAACCACCGGGAUGAUCUGGAACCUGACCUCCUCCUACACCGACAAGAGCAAUGAGGCAUCCAUGGUGUCCGCCUCCCUCAUCGUCUUCGCCCUCGCCGCCCUCUUCUUCAACCUCAACCUCUUCAGCGGCAUCUCCGACGUCGGCGCCAUCCUCGACCCCAAGGUCCGCGUCAUCCUCUCCAAGGCGCUCUCGCUCUUCCUCCCCGUCAUGUCCUACCUCUUCUCCGAGGCCAAGAACGCCGGUGCCGCCGCCUCCGCCGCCGGCGGUAGCACGGGCUCGCUCGAGCUCGAGCUCUCGCUGCGGGCGCGGCUGAUCCUCGUGUGGAUGCUCCUCGUCGAGCUGCUCCGCAAGAAGGUGGAGGAGAUUCGGAUGGAGGCAUGGCACGCCGGCACCGUCGAGCGCGCCGGCCGCGUCGCGUGGCUCGGCAGCCUCGUCUUCUUCAACCUCCGCGCCGCCGGCCGCAAGGCCGUGUUCGGCAUCCUGUGGACUCUCUGCGCCGCCAAGCUGGUGCAGCGGAUGACCUACACCGAGGUCGGCAAGCGCUCCUUCGCCUACGGCAAGAACGCCAAGCUCGUCAUCUCCUACAUGGCGCAGAUGCUUCAGAACGAUGCCGAGGUCGAGCUCGAGCACCACCCCCAUGGCUGCCAUGGCGGGGACGAGCUCUUGAGGAGAUGCAAGUAUUUGGUGAUGGGAGAAGAAGGCCUGGUGAUCGAACCGAUCAACUCCGGCUACAGGAUCACCGGCGACAUCGACGCCGUCACCACCGUCGGCAAGAUCUGGACCCUCGCCGAGAGCGACCAUCUCCUCGCGUCGCUCGACAUGGACCAUCGCCUCAGGAGGCUCUGCGUGUCGUUCGCGCUCUUCAAGCUGCUGCGCCGGAGCUUCGAGCGCCUGCCGCCGAUGACCGAGGCGGAGACCCGCCAUUGCCGGGACCUCCUCUUCAGAGGCCUGUACGCCGGCGCCGGAGACGGAGACGGAGGCGGAGCGGAGGCGUUGUUCGAGGUGAUGAGCGAUGAGGCCAACUUCGUGGCCGAGUACUACCACUCCGUCGUCCCCGUGGUGCUCGCGAGCCCCUUCUUCCUGCUCGCCAACUACGUCCUCCUCCCGCUCGUCGUGCUCGUGCUCUGCCUCGUCGUCGUCGUGCUCUGCGGCAACGGCGACGUGCUCUUCUCCCUCCGAAGCAUCGAGAGCGACAACUACACCAUGUCGUCCGGCGGCGUGGCGACCAUGGCGAGGUGCCUGCUGCGGGCCGUCGCGACGUCGCCGGCGGCGUUCUUCACAGCCAUCGACCUCUCCAUCACGUCGCUCCUCUUCCUCGUGCUCGUGUACGAGGAGGUGUGGGAGUUCGUCGUCUUCCUCCUCUCCAACUGGUUCAUGGUGUCGCUGCUGCACGCGUACGCGUCGUCGAACGCACGGUGGCGCGACAGCGCCGCGUUCCGGUGGGCGAUCCGGCGCAUCCUGUGGGCGCGGAGCAAGAUGCUGAGCCACCAUGGCCUCCGCUUCAAGCAGUUCUCCGUUCUGAGCUCUUGCCGGCUCUCGCUGACGCUGCCGGCCGCCGUGUCGCUCGCGCUGGCGAUCCUGCCCGCCGUGUCGGUGCCCUGCCAAGUGAAGCAAUCCAUCGCGGAGUACAUGGCCAAGUCGCUGUACGACGGCGGCGACGGAAUGUCCGCCGUCGCAGAGCACCCGGAGCUGUUGCCGUUCUGCGCGAGCGGCGGCGGCGGCGGCGGCGGCGUCGGCGUCGUGGAGGUCAUCCUGACAUGGCACAUCGCCACCGCCAUCCUGGAGGAGAAGUGCCCACCGGCGGCGUCCCAGAGCGACGACGCCAUCGUGGCGAGGACGCUGUCCAGGUACAUGGCCUACCUGGUGGCGUUCCACCCGGAGCUCCUCCCCGGCAACCAGGACAGCACGGAGCUCGUGUUCCAGGCCAUGAACGACGAGCUGAAGCAGGUGCUCGGCUUCUGGGGCUACCACCUCCGGCCAUUGCUAAUGCUAAUGCUGCGGCGCACCAGGAGGUUCGAGUGCGACAUGGUCGUCAUGGCCGGAGUCGCCGAGCGGCGGCCGGCGAGCAAGCAGCAGCAGCAGGAAAUGACGGUGUUGCAGAAGGGCGCGGCGCUGGGGCGCGCGCUGGUGGAGAAAGCGGGGAGGGAUGGUGCCGGCGGCGGGGUGUGGAAGGUGGUGGGCGAUGUGUGGGUAGAGCUCGCCGUGGAGGUGGCGCCGGCGAGCGACGAGGAGCGCGUGAUGGGGCACAGGAAGGUGUUGCCGGAGGGCGGCGAGUUCGUGACCGUGCUCUGGGCGCUCGCCGUGCACACCGGCAUAAGCCGCCGCCUGGCUGUCACGCUCACGCCGCCGGACACGAUGGAUCGUGUUUGAGUACCCAUUCUAAACAUUAGAGGGGACAUCUCGAGAGAAUUCGUUCUGAGCAUGUUAUCUAAAUAGUUAUGAUUUUAUAAAAAAGUUCAACAAGAUA